UAGCUUGAGCGUACCACGUUCUCGAUGCAUCUGGGACCCUACUCGCGGAGUAACAUGCUGAUCGAUCGGAGACUUAAUAUAUUAGGGGAGCUGCAAUGCUACGGAGUACUGCACGCUGUGGAGCGGCCGGGGAUUAUGGCAAAUAUGGAAGAUGUCGAGUGAACACCGUAGAUUGAAUAGGAGUACGGAGAAUGAACAGGAGGUUAGGGCUUGGAGACGAAGGACUCACUGCCACAUCCAUACCGACAUCCAUACCUUCAUACCUCGGACAAUUUUUCAAAAACAGCAAGGUAUUUUGGGUACUUUUCUCGGCAGUGCUAUGUCUCAACGGAGCACACCAAGUUGCGAGAGGAGUGUGGUGGGGAAUCGACGAGAGAGGACAGUAAUGACCCGGCCUUUUAUCCAGGGUGAUCCUGUUGGGUUCGUAUGCGGAAGCCAGGCAGCACGCAUGGCCCAGACCCGCAGAGUGCAGACGCCGAAGAAGCAAAAAAGCAUCGCAGUGGGUGGCCGACGCUGAACGAAGCCGGACUGAGGUCGUGGAGAGCAAGAGGCGCUGUCAAACAAGCUGCUUGCUCUGCCGGAACCCGGCACCGAUACCCCAUGGGAGCUAGUGCAGACGUCAGCGGGACGGCCCCGAGUUGGCCAGGACGGCCGCCAGUGGGCCAAAUCGAAUCAUGGGGAGGGCGCGAAGACAAUGGCCAGCGCAAGCUCCAGGCCGGGGCGGAGGAUGGGCUCGAGUGCGAUGCCAGUGGGACACAGGAAGCCCCAGUCUGCAGCAUGCCAGAAGCAGCAUUGCAUGCGGAAGGGGAGCAGAAAGCGUCUUUGUAUGACGGAUUCACGGCAGGAGACGACAGAUGGACCAGUGAAACACCUUGGGCCGAUGCAGGGGAGGCUAGCAGGAUCAGAGAAGCGACUUUGCAGAAUGAAACGCGAGCUAAAGAAUCCAAAUCCUCUCCUUCGGAACGCACGCCGGCCCGCCACAGAGCAGAAGCAAGUCAGUCGUCCAGCAACUGCAGGCGUGGGCCACUCAGUCAAAUCUUAUCGUGCAGGAUGCCCAUGUCCCGGCGCCCACGGGCAAGCUCAGUGCUCGCCAGUGUGUUCUCUGCGCGCUGCCAGCCUGAACAUCCACGCAGCAGCAAGCAGCAGCAGCAGCAGCAGCAGCAGCAGCAGCAGCAGCAGUUAGCAGCCUUGCGUGACAGCCCGCAGCCCAAGGUGGCGCCGUGUCUCUCGAUUUCUUGA